AUGUGUGAUCGCGUCCCUGAGCCCUUCAACAGCAGGCGCGAGCUCCGGAUGCGCCGACCGGACGACUGGCACCACCACCUCCGCGACGGCCCCGACGUGCUGAGGGACACCGUCCGAGCAGCGGCGCGAGCCUUUUCCCGGGCCAUCAUCAUGCCGAACCUCGUCCCUCCGGUGACGACGGUGGCGGCGGCGGGCGAGUACCGCGAGCGGAUCGAGGCGGCGCUCGCAGCGAGCGGCGGCGCCCCCGGCAGCUUCACGCCCCUCAUGACGCUAUACCUCACCGACACGACCACGGUGGCAGCGGUCGAGGCGGCGGCGGCAAGCGGCUUCAUCAAGGCGUUCAAGCUGUACCCGGCCGGCGCGACGACCAACUCGGACUCGGGCGGCUCACUGGCGUUCGCAAGCAAAAAGAGAGCUAGCACGGACUCUGCGCCGCACGCGAUCGGCCGCAAGGAGACGGGGUGCGGAUGCGCGGGCAUCUUCAACGCCAACGCGGCGCUCGAGCUGCGGCGCGGGGGCGUGUACGCGGACCAGUUGCCGCCGAGAGCGUUCGAGGAGGCGGGUGCCCUCGAGCACCUCGAGGCCUUCUGCUCGCUGCACGGCCCCGCCUUCUACGGCGUGCCCGCCAACGACGAGGUGGUGACGCUGCGCCGAGAGACGUGGAAGAUGGCCCACUCCCUCCCCCUCGGCAACGAGGAGGUGGUGCCCUUCCGCGCGGCGCAGCUCAUCAACUGGAGGAUGGAUGGCUGA